AUGGUUCCGUCGGUUCCAUCUAAUUCCAGUGAAACGAUGUAUCUUGUUUCUUCGAAGCUCCCUGACGGUGAUCCUCGAAUCGUGGGCAAACUCAGCGGGCUCCUCAUCACCGCUCCUGGACCGCAAGGAGCUCGCGUUUCGCAGAACCCAGCUCUUCGCCUCGGCCCAGAGGGGCAGAGCGCGGCCGAGGAUACAUUUCCUAGAAUUAAUGGAGAAGCUCGGAAAGGUGAAGGAGCUCCGCAGGGAAUCACCAAUGCGAGAGACAUCGAGAUGCAACUAAAGGAAUAUAUGACGGCUCACGCGAAAUCAGCCCAAGAUCUGUCAAGCCACGUCGCGCAGAACGACCGAGAGAUCAGAAAAGCGGCUUGGGCGAGAUUUCUGAAGCCUGCGCUUCUGAAAGCUCAAGCCGACAGGAGGAACGAGCCAGCGAAGCAAUCGGCAAGCAGAACGCAAGCGGAGGAUCUCAUCAGAAAUGCUUCGCCAACCCGACCGGGUCUCGAUGUUCCGGUGUUGAGCAAUGGACAAGUCGACCAAGAGGUGAAAGGAAUUCCCGGCGGGAGUGCCCAUGAUGAUUCAUGUGCUCCUCCGAUCUCGAGUCGAGUUGUCCCUCGGACUCCACAUUCUAUCCCAUCAAUGCCGUCAGAGGUGCCGAAGCCUCUGAAGGUCGCACCUCCGCCUCAGACGGCGCGGAGUCCGGUGAAGGUCACACCUCCGCCUCAGACGGCGCGGAGUCCGGUGAAGGUCGCGCCUCUGCCCGCAAUGACGGGGUCGAAUGCGAGAACAACCUCAGAUGGUGCGUCCGGGAAUCAAUCGAAGGAAUACGACUUCAUGAGAGCGAUCAGAACGCUGAAUAAUAGGAACAUCAUGCCGCCGGGGCAGGAGUGUAUCAGGAAAAAACGUCGUUAUGCCAUCGGGGAAUGGAAAUCGUUCCUCGUUACCAACUUCUGCCCACAUCACGAGGCACAGGAUUCCUUUGUGGUGUGGAUAAGCGAGAGCGAAGUCGAUCCAGAGCUUCAAAAGCAGCUCAAGCUCAUAGAUCCCCGGUUCGUGGUCCCCCUCGAAUCACCGAUGUUGGGAGGGGCGGCAUUGAUCAAUCAUGGUGGAAAAUAUCGACGAGUGACGAUCAAAGAAACGAGAUACAGAGAAGCAACAGUUCAAGACGUCGACACUGGCGACGAGAUCGAAGUCAGUUCAGCAGAUUUGUGUUCCCUGCCCCUUGUAUUGAAGUCCAUACCACCGCUCGCCUUGAAAGUCGUCGUCGAGUCGGGUCGGAUUACGAAUGCCAAGCGCUUCGAAUCGGCUCUGCGGCUGGCAAAAGAGCAUCGAACAAUCACAGACGGCUGUGCUGUCACUUGGGAUUUCGUUCCGAAAUUCGUUUUCCGGCUACCGGGAUGUAGAGCUCUCGGAGUCAGCAAAAACCUGAUCUCCUUACCAUGGAAUAAAGGUGUUCGGAGCGAUCCCUUGUCCGAGCAAAAGCUCUACGACGAUCUACCGGCUGCUCGACUCCCGAGGGCGGGAAGCUUAGUGAGGAAUUGUUUCGUGACACACGUCGAAGGUUCCUCGGUUUACCUCACUUGGGAAGCGUUGCACAACUACGAGUAUCAGCCCCAAGCCGAGGAUAUUCCCCUGGAGUUCGAAGUCGGGAAACUCUGUAAGCUCCUCUGGCAAACCGAACCUUGGACCGAGAUGAGGGGAUGCAUCGAAGUAGUCGAAGAUGAUGUCGUGUCGAUUCGAUGGAUAGAUUGCGGAUCUGUCGUGGAUGUCUCGAAGGAAUGCCUUCACGCCAUGUCGGCGGCCGAUGUAUAUUCGCCCUUGACCGUCAAGGCGAAGCUGGCGAACUUCAACGCCGAAGAACUGGAGUAUGCGGAUUCUGAUCUAUCUCAAGUUCUCAGCUCAAUGAAGAAUCUGCAUAUUUUUGUACUCGACUCGAACCCUGUGCCUGCGGUCCUAAUUUUCACGGAGGACUUCACCGAGGUCAAACUCGAGAAUUUGGAAGGUCUGAAAGCUCUCAGCCAGGAAGGAGAUCCGAUCGCCCCCAUGGAGCCCGAAGCUGAGGCACACGUUGAAGAAGUCACCGUGGUCGGAAUCGCUGCGUUCGCCCAGAUCUGGGUUGUUCCCAAGGAGAAAGUUCGAGAGCUGGAAGAAAUGGAGGCCAGACUGACGAGAGCGAAUCCUCCGCCGCUAGUCAAUUGUAGUCGGGAUACUGCGUGUUCGGUGAUGCUUGAUGGACUCUUGCGCCGAGCCUCGUUACGUCUUCGCGCAGGACGGCGCUUCUUACUUCGUCUCUUAGAUAGAGCGUCUGAAAUCAGUGCCUAUGAAGUGUUCGAGCUACCGGAAGAAUUCCGUGAUCUACCUUCCCCGAGCUACCGCAUCGCUCUCUGUCCCGAGCAAGUCAAGGAAGCUCACUUCGGGCGCUUCAUAGCAGCGCUUAAGAGAAAUCCCGAAGUUACGUUAAAACGCAUCCCAGUGGAAUCUGCGACGGUGAACGGUACAGAGAGUUCGUCGUCCCCAGAGGUCCCCUCAUGCUUCAUCCAAACAACCUGUGGUCAGGAUAUAAUUUCAGCGUAUGAUUUACGCGACGAGCCCCUAUAGAAUUUGUCUUCGUUAAUUCGAUCGGAGUAUACUCGCGGUAGACCACCGAAAAAACGAUGGUUGCCGGAUUGUUGUAGAUGUAUAACCUGAGAGUCCUAGAGGUCUUGUUACUGGCCCGAUUCUGCGUUCUAGGUAUAAUAACUGUGAAAUAAAUAUCUGAGGUGCUCCAAUUA